AUGGGGCAAGGCGAGAAAUUACUGGCAUUGUUUCCAGCUAGGUUUCAAAAGAGCAUGCGGAUAAGACGGGGUAGUUUUGUUGUGGUUGACAUAAGUGGAAAGGAAAAGGCUCUGGAAUCGGGUAGCAAGGUGGCAUGCCUUGUGUCCCAAGUUCUCUUUUAUGAACAAGUUCGCCCUCUUCAGAAAUCUUUGGAAUGGCCUGAAAUCUUCAAAUCUACACAUUUGGAGGAUUCUUGUGGAAGUUUGCAUGGGAAGACCUCCAAGCAAGAAGAGGAUGAGCUUGAAUCUAAUGAUGAGGAGGGACUUCCCCCAAUAGAGGUCAAUACUUACAGAAUCAAACCUUUUGAACUUUAUCAGAUGCAGAAUAAUAUUCGGGCUCAGAUAGAGAAAUUUUUAAGUUUUAAAAUGUGA